AUGCCGCCAAAUAUUAUCGACCCGCCAAUUCAAGCUGAUCCAGAAUUUGCUGCUGCCAAACCAGCAAUUUCACACGCCAUCCCAGAUAAUGUUGUGGAAGAAAAUGAUAAUUUAAAAAUAUUCCAGUCUUCGUUAAGUUUAAUAGCUCACAUACUAAUUGGUGUAGUUACUGGAAUCUCAAUUCUAUUUUCAUUGCGGAAUGGACUUCCUAUAGGUGCCACGCCACUUCAUAUUAUACUUUGUGUCAUUGGGUAUCAACUGCUCAUGGCCCAAGCCAUUAUAAUUCUGUCAUCGGAAAGUGGGUGGUCAUCACGACUCAAAUUAGUUCACAAAAGAAGAAUUCAUUGGAUCGUACAAAUCGUUGGAUCUGUUCUUGCUAUUGUUGGGAGUUUCAUUAAAAUCCUAGACAAAAAUAUACACUGGAACACAUACCACGGACAAUUCGCGCUCGUUGCUAUGGUUUUUACGGCCGUCAGUUUGGUAAACGGAUUGACAUCUUUGUACGCAUAUGAACUAAGGAAGUUCCUGCCAAGCAAUCUAUCCAAACUGAGUCACAUUUGUUUCGGAACAGUCGCCUUUGCUGCUUCUUCCAUUAGCCUAUGCUAUGGUUUCGAUAAAAGCUUCUUCAUAAAUUGGGCCACUCUUGAAUUCACUUAUACUAUAAUCGCUUUUACUGCGGCAUUCACAUUUAUCAUCAUAAUCAAUCCUUUCAUAACUUUCUAUCGUAAAUCAAGGAGCAUUAUCACCAGUUAG